AUGUCAUCAAAGACUCAGGAUGUGCCGCUGACUAUAUCAGAGGAACAACAAAACAAGAACUGGAAGAGAAACGGUCUUAUCAUGGCUACCAAACUAUGCUUGAUUUACCGUUAUCAGCUUCCAUCUUGGAAUAUGCUGGGUGAAAUCUUAAAAGCUAUUGAGGAACAUCAAGUUGUAGUUAUUAGUGGAGAAACUGGAUGUGGAAAAACUACCAGUCUUUAUAUUUUAUUAUUAGGUAUCUCAAUUAUUCUUGAUGAUGCAAUAAUGAGAGGGUGUGGCUCUAAAUGUCAUGUGAUUUCUACUCAGCCGAGGAGAAUUAGUGCUAUCCACUAGUCCACACGUGUGGCAGCAGAGAGAGCGGAGUCUUUGGGUAAAUCUGUUGGAUAUCAGAUAAGAUUGGAACAAGUUCUCCCUCGGACAUGGGGAUCUAUUAUAUGCACAACUGGUGUUAUGGUACGAAGAUUAAUCAGUGAUCCUCUUCUCCAUCAAUGUUCACAUCUAGUUCUUGAUGAAGUCCAUGAGCGUAACAAUAUAUCUGAUUUCCUGACUAUUAUUAUUAAAGAUAUUUUGCCUCAAAGACCCGACCUCAAAUUAAUUUUGAUGAGUGCUACAAUCAAUGAAGAAAUAUUUUCAAAAUAUUUCAAUGAUGCUCCAAUUAUCUCAAUCCCUGGGGUUUUUUCCUGUACAAAAUAUUAUCUUGAAGAUGUCCUAAAAUUAACAGAAGAUAGAUUUCCAUUUAUUAUGACAUUGUUACGAUAUGUCUGUCGCUCAAUGGAGGGCGGAGCUAUACUUGUCUUUCUUCCUGGAUGGGACACAAUCAGUAAAUUAAAUGAUAUGCUAAAAAGUGAUGUCAUGUUUCGAAGCCCCUCCCAUUAUUUAGUUAUUCCAUUGCAUUCUCUUAUGCCAAACUGCCUUUCAAAAAAACAGGUGUUCGAUCGUCCACCUGAUGGAGUGAGGAAGAUCGUCAUAGCAACCAAUAUAGCUGAAACAAGCAUUACAAUUGGUGUCAUAUAUGUCAUUGAUUGUGGUAAAGUCAAAGAGACAACAUAUGAUGUAGCUAACCAAUUAGCUUGUUUAGAUGGUUGGGAAAGCAAAGCAGCUGCUAGACAAAGAAGGGGGAGAGCGGAAGGUAAAGUUCAAUCUGGUCAUUGUUUUCAUUUGUUCACUCGUCAUCAAUACUCACAAAUGGCUGAGUUCCAAUUGCCAGAAAUGUUACGAACACCGUUAGAGGAGUUAGUUCUUCAAAUCAAAGUUCUUCGUCUUGGUCUAGCUGGGGGGCCAUUUCUAGAACGAGCUCUAGAACCUCCUCCUGCAAAAGCAGUAAAUGAUGCUAUAAAAUUGUUAAAGAAUUUGGUAAGUUUCGCUUACUACUCUGAGGAGUUAACUUCAUUAGGUUAUCAUAUAGCUAAUUUACCUGUUCAUCCUCGUGUUGGGAAGAUUAUAUUGUUUGGGGCAAUGUUUUCAUGUUUAGAUCCUGUGUUAACAAUAGCUAGUACUCUCGGAUUUAAAGAACCUUUUGUGAUUCAUUGGUAUUAA